AUGCCUACCAUCCCAUUUCCUAUCCUUCGUCUCCCGAACGCUAUUCUUCACAAGUCUCUGGAACAAAUGAGCCCAAUUGGAUUAAUCUCACUAUCAGUGCUCUCAAACCACAUGAAGCAACUCGUUACCAGGUCAAAUAACAGAAACCGGUUUGACGGUAGUAUAUAUGCAACGUCACCAAUUUCUCUACAAAUGCAGACAAAUAAUUUGCAUCGUUAUAUAGAAUAUGCAUUCGAGUUUAAUCAGUUGGUAUUAAGGAUACAAGACAGUCACGGAAUUGAAUCUGCAACUUUAACAAAGCCAGGAUUCACUGAGAAACUUUGGAUCGAACAUGUUGUUGAGGUACUCUUUCAGAACAAGGGUGUAGCAUUGUAUUUCAAUGAGCCAUUCCAAUUAAAUAUUAAAGAAAUAUUGAAAAACAUCAAUAUUAAUUGGAUUGGGACAACAUUUUCUGAAUUUGUAGUUUGGAAGUUUUUUGAAAUUUUCCCUUCAUUGGAAGAGGUGACAUUUUACGAAGGCCCAAUUCCCUUAUCUAUCCUCUCUAGGAACUUGAACUGGCUGCAAAUCAAUACAAAAAACGCAACACUUGACUAUGCAUUAACUUUAAAUUGUUCAACUUUUUCAAUGUACAUCAUCAGUUUCACCAUGAAAGAAAUCAAUUUGUUCAUAAAACAAUGGAUCAGAGGAUGUAACCCACGCCUCGAGAUGUUCCAAAUACUUCAUAAUGAUAACGAAAGACACUUAGUCUCGGAGAAUGUCAUUUUCAAGGGAAUCAACAUUGAAAAAAGGAAUAGAAUCGUUGAAUUUGACGAGAGAGAAGAGUAUCGAAUUGAGAGAUUUGAUGGAACAGAAGCUCUUGUAUGGAUUAAUUUGAAUAGAAGUCCUUUUCUUUGGAUGGCUGUUCAACAAGUGGCCUGAAAAGUUUUUUUUCGCUUUUCAAUACAAUAAAGAUUCAUUACUUUUUCACGUUUUCAACACAGGAAUACAUUGCCUUCGGCUGCUCACGUGCUCUUUUUGAGGCUCGAAUCGAUUUGUUUUCAUUCUAAAUUAUUGAUUUUUCGGAUAUUUUUUCGUUGGUUUUUUGCUCAUGUUUGAGCUGUUUUUUUCCCGAAUUUGGCUAUUUUUCUGCCAAUUUCUGGCCAUUUUCCCUCCAAUUUCUGAGCAUUUUAGAGCCAAUUUUCUGAUAAUUUUUGAGAUUUUUCUCCCAUGUUUUUGCUCAUUUUUGAGCCUAUUCUCCAAAAAUUUUGAUCAUUUUUCAGCCAAAUUUCUUUCACAUUUUGUGCUCUUUUUUCUCUUUUCUUUUGGAAAGUCGAUGCACCAUGUCAUUGGAAGCUCAUAACUUGGCUCGUUGUCAAGAUAUUGAAAAAUGCACAACAACAAACUUGUAGAAAAACAUUUAAAUAGAAUUUUGGUAGUUUGUUAAUUUUUAUGUAAAUUUAUUUUCCUUUUUUAACCUGGAUCAUUGUUGUAUCAUUCAAGCUUUUGUGUCCAAGAUCCUGGUCUGUUUGUGACAGGACUAAACGGUGCAUUGGUGGGUUCGAAAAGUUAAAGCUUUAAUCAGCCCAACCGCAAAAAUUAGAGCUCUCUAGCUCAAUUUUCAAGAUUAUCGGGUUAUUAUCGGGUUGCGCCAAAAGUACGCAAGCACCGAAAUUUACAUCACUAUAGUUACUAUUGUAAUAAAUUAAAUUAUUUAUUUUUAAAAAAAUCUCAAUUCUUUUUCUCCGAAAUAAUUGCAAGAAUUAAUAGCGACGUGUAAAAAAAAUUAAGAUAAAAAAAACAACGGGAACUCAGAUUCAAAUUUAAUCAUUUCUAUUUAUAUUCUUCAAAAAAUUGGAUUCUACUUGACUUCUACUUGUGACUUCUUCUAAUAUACGAGAUGACAAGAAAAAGACGUAACCCGGAGGCUCACAUUAACGACGACGACGAACCAGUUGCACAUCGAACCAGAUCAAGACUUGCAGCUGCUCGUCGAAACAAUCCAACUCAGAUGCCGGCUGCCGUCGAUAGUCCAGCACCCCAGUCCCCAGCACCGCCGAAUCCUGUUCUGGAUGGCAUUGGAAAUGACUUCGAUGAUGAAGAGCCAGAAGGCCAAGGCAUGGAUGCAGUACUGAACGAUCUCCAACACAAGUUCAACAAGUCGCUUUGGCUCAAGGAGGAGUUUCUGGUGCCACUGGUAGCUCAAAGAUUAAGCUAGUACGAGGGGUGGCCAUUGUUAAGACGGACCAAGGAACGAAGAAAAAAGAAAAAAAUACAGACAAAGGAAACAAGAAAACAGAAACAACAAUCGGUUUCGAUAUCGUGUGCACUGUGACGCCGCAGGCAAAAAGUCUACUACUUGUGAUGCGUGAUGAAUCGAUGUCAGUAGGAAUGGCAUUUGGCGCAAAACUAGCCUAUGCGGCAUACAAGCUCAGAUUUCGACCGGCUCCGCAUCUUACCUCCAUCCGAUACAGUGCGAAAAUGACUCUGUCUGGUACAUCUGGAAUACUCGGAACGGCGGUGUGCCUAGGCGCUGCCUACGAGGAUUUCGAGGUUCCCCAAGACCUCAUUAUCACCGGGGCGGUCGAUGAAGCUGGAACUGUGCAAAAGAUUAGUGGGACUUUAUUGAAAGCACGGCACGCAAUUGAUCGCAAAUGCCGAUUGAUGCUGCCGGUGGACAAUUUGAGGGAUUUGCCGAAGAAGAUGAAGAAAUCGCAUGGUUCUGUUUCCUGUGAGCA